AUGCUACCUGUAAAGUUUGUACAUAAAUUGUACCAAUAUUAUAGAAUCACCAAUGCAUUUUUGUAUGGUGCUUUAUUUACACGUUGGUUAAUCCUUUACCCAUUAAUAGGUGGAAAAUUUCUUCCUGGAGGGAUACACAUGUUUUUAAUAAAGCUAAUGAUCUAUUCCACAGUAGGGGAACUGAUUUGGUUAUUUAAGUUUAGAUCUUGGAGAAAAGCUAUCUUUUCUAGGACAAUGUUAAAGGACCUGAAUUUCAUUAAUAUUAUUGUAACAUUACAUUAUAAAGACAAUUAUGAAUAUGCAUUAGUGUUAAGAAAUGUAAGUUAUUCCUUAUUUAUCAUGUCUUUGGCUUUGUCACAAUGCUAUGUACAUUGUUCAAACCUAUUUAAAAAAGAACGUCCCAGGAAUAUUAAUAGAGAUAAUACCAGUAAUAAUUAUAAUCCUGACGUAGUGAUGACUGUCUCAAAUAGAAAAAGCAUCAUAUCUCAAAUAUAUUCUCACCUAUUAUUACCUAUUAUGUACACAAGUGAAUUUAACAUGUUGCUAUUGAAUGUUCAAUAUUCAGAUUUCAACGAUUUACUAUGGCUACAAUUGAUUAAUAAAGUAAUUUUAGUUCUAUUUAUUCCCAUCGUUUUAACUUGUUGGAAAAGACAAUGGUAG